GCUAAUGAUGAAUUCAUCGAUAACAGCGCCUACAUCAACGCUAAACGAUUCUGUCAGUAACAGCAGUGUUGACAGUAAUGAGAACGCACCAAAUAGGUACACAUUGUUUGUGGCCAACAUUAUUAUCUGCUGCUUGAAUUUGCUUGGCAAUGUGACUGUUUUGGUUCUAAUUUGCAAGCGUCGACUGCUUGGAAGAACAACAAACGUCUUUAUAUUCUCACUCGCAAUGGCCGACUCCAUUUGUUCAGUUGGAGCUAUACCAUAUAACCUACAUCUUGCACUUGACAAAUCCAUGUCUGUGUAUCUGUGUAAGAGCUAUUAUUACGCUCUAUGUGUUUCCAGGACAGCAGUGUCAUAUACGGUGAUUCUUUUGACCACAGAGAAAAUAUUGAAUAUUCUACAUCCAUCGCGAUUUAUUACAGCCGGAAGAUGCAUGUUCUUCAUCACCUUGGUCUGGUUUUUCUCAACCGCGUAUAAUAUAUGGGCCGUUGUGUUUUACACAAUAUAUGAUAGUGAGCUAGUUACGUCAGAUGAAUUAUUGUCCGACUCUGGACGUAUUAUGUAUGGCAAAUCAUGUUUCUUUUCACGUAGAUUUGACUCUUUAAGAAUGAUAUUUCUAACAUUAGAUUUGUGCAUUUUGUUCCUUGUGCCAUGCGCAGUACUCGCUUUGGAGUGUUGUGUCAUAGUUCGAAAGCAGCAUGGAACUUUAAAACAAAGAUUUGAAACAUACUUUUAUAUCAUGCGUUUCAUUUUCUUCAUUUUUAUAGUGUACAUGACUUGCCAUACACCGUUUGAGGUAGCAACAUUGACUAAAGGCAGUAUUCGUGAUAAAGGACACCCCAUAAAUACUUUCUACGACGCAUCGAUGACUAUUUAUUACUCGCGCGGGCUGUGCUUUUUGGGAGUGUACAUUUACUUCAAACAAUAUGUGUGUCGCCGUAAUAAAUUACGAAAUGCUAACUCCAAUAAGAACCAUCUGGAACUGCCCUACCGAGGGAAUUGCAGGGGUCUUUCGCUGAACGAAUUACGACCACAUCGAUGAUACAUGAGGAGCCAGUUGUCCAGAACAACUUGUUGUUUUUAAAGUAUGCCUUGUCGA